GCGAUGACCACCUCCGCCUUGUCCCCGUCAUGGCCAAGAAGAUGAAGGACAGCCUGGCCGCCAUCCAGCAGUAGUUGGGGGGCACCGGGGCCCCCACGCGCUCAUUAAAGGCGAGGUUCAUGGACAAGAAGCUGUCAUUGAAACUGAAUGGCGGCCGACAUGUCCAGGGGAUCCUGCGGGGCUUCGAUCCCUUCAUGAACCUCGUCAUCGAUGAGUGUGUGGAGAUGGCACCGGGAGGACAGCAGAACAACAUUGGCAUGGUGGUCAUACGAGGAAAUAGCAUCAUCAUGCUGGAAGCCUUGGAACGAGUAUAGCACCGGAGAAACCAGCCAUGACCACACCUAUCCCGCUUGUUUUCUUUACUCCUGCUGCAAAGCACCCCCCCGUGUAAACUUACUGAUUUUUGUUAAAUACAUUUUGUAAUGGUUGACAUAA